UCCCCGGUGAGGUGCGAACAUUAUCUGCAGCUGGAGAACGCGAGUCACUCCUCGGCGGACUUCGCCCUUUCAUGAGGCGUAUUAGUCGGAACUAUCCGCGUCAAACGUUCCCGGUUUCCCCCGCGGGACCAGAGCGCUCCGCCGCAUCGGUCCUCCGCCCCGUCGCGGCUCACGUCCAGCUAGCUGCCGCGGAACACUUCUGCUCUGCACGUCUAAACACGACUGGGCACCGAUUCCCCACCGAGGCUCCUGUCUGAUGGAGCAGGGGUUGCCGCUUUCUGUAAAGAGGCGCCAUGUUUCCUUGCCAUGUGACCCCCUGGCCCCCCGCUGAGCCGCCUGCGUCGCGCGGUCACGCGCCCCCAGCGCCGCCCUCACAGCCCAUGCCCGAUCUGCUGUGCAGCUGUCCCGCUCCGCCUUUGAACGCCCACUCGGAGACGCCCUCCCCCGACCCCAUGGAGUCGCUCAUCGUGGUCACGGAGUACGAGGCCGGGCCGGAGGAGGUAGAAGAAAUGGACAGUUCUGAGACGCCCGAGCCGGCCUCCUCUGCGGUGGCAUCUUCCCGGACUCCCUCCUGCGACCUGCUGUCCCACACAUUUGGCCGGUCGGAGGCUCUGCGACCCGGGAGCCGCGAGCAGAGGGGAAGAUUAAACAUGUCGGACCGGAAACUAUCUCUGCAGGAGCGCUCGCAAACCUCGACGUCCCCCUGCGGCUCCCCGGGAGUCAACGGGCGCCACAUUUACCCGUCGCUACCCUACUCGCCCAUCACAUCGCCCCACUCCUCUCCGCGCUUGCCCCGCCGGCCCACCGUGGAGUCCCACAGCGUUUCCAUCACAGACCUCCAGGAUUGCGUCCAACUCAACCAGUACAAGCUGAAGGAUGAGAUCGGAAAGGGCUCCUACGGUGUCGUCAAGCUGGCGUACAACGAGGAUGACAAUACGUACUACGCGAUGAAGGUGUUGUCCAAGAAGCGGCUGAUGAGGCAGGCAGGCUUCCCGCGGAGACCCCCCCCUCGCGGAGCCAAGGCAGACCCUGAGGGUCCCCCUCAGCUCAAAGGGCCCCUGGAGCGGGUGUACCAGGAGAUUGCCAUCCUGAAAAAGCUGGACCACUCUAACGUGGUGAAACUAGUGGAGGUUUUGGACGACCCCAGUGAGGACCAUCUGUACAUGGUAUUCGAGCUGGUCAAGAAAGGAGCUGUGAUGGAGGUGCCGGCAGAAAAACCUUUCAGUGAGGACCAGUCACGCUUUUACUUCCAAGAUCUGCUCCGGGGAAUCGAGUACUUACACUACCAGAGGAUCAUCCACCGAGACGUCAAACCGUCCAACCUGUUAGUGGGAGAAGACGGACACAUCAAGAUAGCAGACUUCGGCGUCAGUAACCAGUUUGAGGGGACUGACGCGCUCCUCACCAGCACAGUGGGGACCCCUGCGUUCCUGGCCCCCGAAGCGCUCUCUGAGACCAGAAAGAACUUCUCUGGGAAGGCGUUGGAUGUUUGGGCCAUGGGGGUGACGCUCUACUGCUUCGUCUUUGGAGUGUGUCCCUUCAUGGACGAGCGCAUCGUUACUCUUCACCAGAAAAUCAAGACCCAACCUGUGGAGUUACCUGAGCGUGCUGACAUCUCCGACGAUCUCAAAGAUUUGUUGCUGAAGAUGCUGGACAAGAAUCCAGAGACCAGAAUAUCAAUCCCACAGAUUAAGCUGCACCCGUGGGUGACGAGGAACGGUGCCGAGCCGCUUCCUCCUGAGGACGACAACUGUUGUUUGCUGAUCGAGGUGACCGAAGAGGAGGUGGAGAACUCUGUGAAACACAUCCCCAGUCUGGCUACCGUGAUCAUGGUGAGAACCAUGCUGAGGAAGCGCUCCUUCGGGAACCCCUUUGAUUUGGGCCGUAAAGACGACCGCAACAGCUUGUGUGCAGCAGGGCAAACGCUCAGGAAAGGCAGAGCAGGCAAUGUGAGGUACUGCUACAUUCAUUGUAACCAAAGAAGGAAACAAGAGAGCGGCGAGGGCAUGAGGAGCCUGGACCUGCCCUACGUGGGGGAAGACGAGGCGCUCUCCUGAUGCAGAUGGUGUCCGCCUGCCUGCAUCCGCACAGCAUUUCACACCGGGGAGGUGGACCAGAGUGACGCAGCAUUUGAAAAAAAGAAAAAAAAAGAAGAGACAAAUCAAGAUCCGAAAGGGACAAUUUGAUUUAUAUUUCUCUUUUAAGGCGCCCUUUUUGGGGUGCGGAGGGACCUUGUUGCCCAAACCCAAUCUCCCAAUCUGUCCCUGCAUGCAUCUAUGGUCAUCGCAUGCUUCGUCUCAGGCGUCGAUCGUACGGUUUUGUGCGUUAGCGUAGUCAACCUUCUCGUGUUCCUCCUUGUCUUUACUGGACAGUUCUUUCAGGUACACGGGGAACGGGAGCAGGCGUUUUUUUUUACCGUGAUUGUCUGGUUCACUCCGCAUCAGAAGCAGCGGCCGGUUUUGUAACAUAUUUCAGAGAGAAGAAUCCGUACGUUUUUCCCCAAAAUGAAAAAAAAAAAGGAGGAGUAAAAAAUGUUUACUUCGUCGAAUGCAUGUGUUUACGUUUCCAAAGCAAAGACUAUAAGCUACUUACAUACAUGUGCAUCCUCGUACAUGUCCACAUUUUCCCAGUAACACUGGCUCUGUGUGAAGGGUCCCGCCUGCUGCAAGCAAUAGACGACAUUAACAACGGGUGACGCUUCGUAAACCGUCAGAGAGAAAUGAGAGUUUCUUAUUUAGCAAAGCUAAAUUAUUUUAGUCAAACGCUUUUCGGUGAACAUUAACAGGAUUUUUUUAGAUGUUUGCUUUUUACUUUUUUUUUAAUUCAUAGAGCUAUAACAGCUAACGUAGUAAUGAAGGUAUUGAUUUGCCAAAUGCAUAUGAGAAAAACAGAAUGCGUCGGUGCAAAGUCAUUCUGUUUGCACCGGUUCCUUUCUCAACCAAGUUUGUGCUACUGAAGAGUUUCAACUGUGUCAUUUAUGUGUUUCUCACUUCUUUGUUUCACCUCUCAAAGUGGAUGUUUGUCUGUAAACCAAAAAAAUAAGGAUUAUUGUUCUGUUUUGUAUUGUAAUCGUUUCUGAUGUUAUUUUAAAAGCAAACAUUUUCAGAGCACCCAAAACAUAAAGUAUGUAAUAUAUUGUAAAGUACAUUAACUUAAAGAAAACAAACUUGUCAACUAUAUAUUCUUCAUUGAGCUACUAGUUGUCGACCGACGUCACUUUUGAGAUGGAAGCUCAGCGCCGCUGCAGACGUUUUGUACGAAUCUAUGCAUCUCUAGUGGUGUUGAACUUAUAGUGUCAUCUUUUCAUCACUCUGCAAAUAUUUCAAAUGUUUUCUCAUGUAUUAACGUGUUUCCCUUUAGAUGAGCCCAAAGCAGAACAUUCGCAUCAUCAGAUUUCUUUCUUUGGUUGAUCUUAUGUUUACACAAUAGGUAAAAGGCAUCUGAUGUGUCUCCAAAAUAGACUAUUGACAUAAUAUGAAUCAUGAAAUGCUUCCACAUGCUAAUUACAUCAGUGCUAAUAUGCUUCAUGUGUGAGAAAAGACCUUUUUUAAUCUUCUACUUGCAUGUCGCGCUGAUGUGUACUAUGCACAUGAUGUGUGUCUGUGUGGUGCACGGCUACGUACACGUACAGUACGGAAGAGGAGGGCACCUGUGGUUAAGUGAUUCUAAUUAUAAUUUAUUUAGUUAAAUAGGGAGAGAAGAACUACAGCUUUAAAAUUCCAUGAAAUAGUUCUUACUUCAAAAUAAUAUAAGGCGCUGAUGAUAGGCAACGAUAUUUUAAUGCCCCAGAUUUAGUCAGAGAAUUCAUUGGUAAGAAAAAUCUCAAUUUGUGUCGUACAGUGAAAUGUUACCUAAUUAUCUUUCCACGCAUUGAUGAGAGACUUUACAUUCUGAAAUACUGUAAGUCUCUCUUGUCAUGAAAACAACUUCUGUUCUUACCCCUUGGUGUGAAUAAUUUACCCUCUGGGACCAACAAGAAGGAACUGAAGGGCAGUUUGCGUCUGACUGCAGCGUGACAAAAAAGCUGUAGGAUAAUUAUUUUAUUCAAAUAAUAUUUAAGCUUGUUAACCUUUAUUGCUCACAUGGUUUUGCAGUCAGCGGUGUAAACUUAUUUAAUCGAGGCGGCCUCUUAGGCCCCUAGUUGCAUGCAAACAUUCUGAACGCUACCCCUCUGUUGUCACAGCAUGAGAGGUCCUCGGCAAUAAAACGGGACCUUCGAAUUAAAUAUUCUAUACCAUCUUUGAAUAAAAUAUUAUUGCCUUUG